AACGAGAAAUAGUACCAUAAUUCGACCUUCGUCUUCUCAAUUUGAAACGAAGCCAUGACUAAAUUUUACAUUUUGUGUUAUAGAAAUAAUAAAUUUUCAUAAAUCUACAUAAAUACGAGAAAUAAUGUGGUAGAUCAAUUUUUCAACAAUUUUUUGUCAUGGAAAUAAUUUACGUUUAAAGAUUCUCGUAGAAAAGGAGUUUCGAAAAGAUGUUUUGGAUUUGGAGAGAAUCGCAGUUCCUGAAAAUGCAGAUGAUGUUUCUAAAGAAUGUGAGUACAACAAGAGGCGUUCCUAGUACAAGCACAGACUUGAAGGAGGCUUUGUGUGAAAAGAUUCCUAUACAUUAUGAUCUAUUGAGAAAUUUUCGUCAACAACAUGGAUCGUCAGUCAUCAGCCAAGUAACCGUAGAAAAUAUUUAUCAAGGAUUAAAUGGUGUGAAUACUAUUGUCAGAGAAACUUCUGAGACUGAUUCAAAAUAUGGGAUCAAAUAUAGAGGACUAACUAUACCAGAAGUUAUUACACUCUUACCUCGAGAAGGAAAGUCACCAAGUGCGGAAGCUGUGUUCUGGUUACUGUUAACUGGUGAUGUUCCAACAAAAGAACAAACAGCAUCGUUGAUCGCUGAUUGGUCGAUACGCCGCCAGAAAAAGAAAAAUUGGUGGUCAGGACCAGGUGGCGGAAUUGUAGGUUCCGUUCUUCAAAAUCUACCAAAAACAACGACACCUCUUGGAAAACUAUCGAUAGCACUCACCGUUUUUGAGUCUGGCAAAUACAUACAAGAAGCUUUAAAAAAUGGCGCUUUAAGCUAUACUCAUUGGGAAUACACGUAUGAAGAUAGUAUGGAGCUAUUAGCAACGCUACCAGCAAUAGUCGGUUUAAUUGCUAAAGGAGAAUUAAAGAACUUGAAAGAAGAUACUGGUGAUUGGGUACAAUUUCUAUCAGAAUGUUUAUAUAAUACAUUUGAUAUUUCGGAAUAUCAAAAAAAUUCGUUGGUAGAUUUUCUUCGACUAUAUAUUGUUUUGAACGCAGACGAAAAUGGUGGAGUUCCUAGUGUUCAUAUUACAGAAAUACUUGGAGCUUCUCAAUUGUAUGUCAAUCAAGCUCUUGCAGCAGGAGCCUUAGCAUAUACUGAUGAACCUAAGAGUGGCACAAUGUCAGAAUAUAUGGAAUUCCAUUCAAAAAUACAACGACUUUUUGGCCAUGAAUCGAAAGAAGAAAAAUUAAGGAAUUAUAUAGCUACUUUGAUUAAAAGGGAAAAAUUAGCUGGUUAUCAAGAAACAAAAUUUUGUGACCCAAAAUAUACCGCAUUGAUAAAUUAUACGAGAGAACAUUUGCCAAAUGAUCCCAAUGUAAAGUUAUCACAAACUCUCACUCAAAUACUUACUAUGAUAAUGAAAACAGCAAAAGGAAAAGAUAUUUAUCCUGAACAAAAUGCAAUUGCUGCACCUAUUUUUCAGUUUUACGGAUUAAAAGAUAUGAAAUUCAAUCAAGUAUUAUUGUGUAUGUCGCGAGCGUUGGGUGCAAUUGCAUCGAUUAUUUGGACAAAAGCAGUUAAUGCUCCGGUCGAGCAUCCGGCAUCUAAGUGUACUCAUACUUAUUCAAAUUCUAUUCAUGGGAUACGAGGAAAACAUAAACGAGGAAAUCAUGUAAAGAGUACUCGAAAAUAA